AUGUCUUCAGACACAACACCUUUGAACGUGCUUAUCGUUGGAGCAGGUAUCGGAGGACUUACCGCGGCUCUUGGACUACGCCAACAAGGUCACAAUGUAACGUUAUUUGAGAGAUCGCAACUGGCACGAGAAGUUGGAGCAGCCAUUCAUCUUGCACCAAAUUGCCAUGGCAUUCUACGAAAGUUUGGGGUGUACCCAGAAACCUUUGGCGCCAACCCGGUCGAAGGAAUCACUGAGUAUACUGGCACCGGAGAAGUCAAGUUUGAUAUGAACUUGACAGGUCCUUUGUCCAUCUGGGAAAAUCCAUGGGUCCUUUCUCAUCGUGUUCGACUCCACGAAGAGCUCAAGAGAUUAGCAACAUCUACAGAGGGCAAAGGAACAGCAGCUAUCCUCAAGACAUCUUGUUCAGUCGUCGAUGUAGAUCCUUCAACAGCCACCGUCAAAUUUGAAGAUGGAACCACAGCGUCGGGUGAUUUAGUUCUUGGUGCCGAUGGCGUCAGCUCUAUAACUCGAAACAUUGUCGCUGGGCCAGACAUCAAGCCCUUUGGCUCGGGAAAAAGCGCUUUCCGGUUUUUGAUUCCCCACGAUGUCAUCCGCAACAACGAAGCCACCAAGGUCUUUACCGAACGGACCGGAUUCAUGACCAUGUGGAUGGGUGACGAUCGUCGAUUGAUCAUGUAUCCUUGUUCUAACAACACUUUUAUGAACUUUGUCGCUAUCCACCCCAGCAGUAUUUCCGCUGGUGCGAACAAGGGUGCUGGCUGGGGACGUGGUGGUAGCACCGAGCUACUCAAAGAAGUGUACAGAGACUUUGAGCCUAGAGUCCGAGCUCUACUGGAGUUGGUCGAUGCCGAUGAACUGAAGCUUUGGACUUUGUUGGAUAUGGACCGAAUUCCAACCUGGCACAAGGAGAGGCUAGUGCUUCUUGGAGAUGCAGCCCAUCCAUUCUUGCCUCACCAAGGACAAGGUGGCGGCAUUGCUAUCGAAGACGCAGCAUCAUUGGCUGCUUUACUACCACUGGGCACCACAGCAGCCGAUAUUCCAUCCCGGCUGUCUCUAUACGAAAAGACCCGAGAUGAGAGAGCGCAUACAGUUCAGGACUUUACCCGACAGGCGGGAGAGGAUCUCCACGGAGAGAAGCGCGCCAAGUUCAAUAUCUACAAGUUCCUCGACUACAACUUUAACCACGACGAGUGGCACAACUCUACGAAGGCCCUCAAAGACCACCUGUACUCGCAAAACAAGAACCUCCACUGGAAGUCCCCUCUAUCCUUCGGUCCCAUGCCUAGCCCUCGUCAAGAUAUUCUAGGUCAACGCCGCGAUGGUACCAACUCAUCCUUCACCACGUAUUCUGUGCGCUUCAAGACAUCAGCAACCUAUCUCAAGACUCUCUUCCCUACACCACAGUUCAGCUUCUUCAAGCCUGGAACCGUCGCAGAAGCUUCAUUUGCCUGUACCGAGUUGAAUGGCAUGAAGUGGCUGGGCGGAGGCGGUUACAGAUACUUUGGUCUCUGGUUACACGGCGUUCAGUACGAGAAGAAGGAUGGAAGUAAGAUCUUUGGAUCUUUUUUGGUUAUUUUGAUGGAGAAUCUGGCGGACCCCAUCAUCACUGGACGAGAGGAGCUUGGUAUGCCAAAGCUUUUCUGUGAUAUUGAUGUCCAAGAGAAGGAUUCAACGACCAAGAUUCAGUGCAGUUGGAGAGGGGCAAAGUUUGUUGACAUUUCCAUCAACGGACUGGCCGAAGCCAAUGCCGUCAAUGAUACCAACGGUGUUAACGGUGCGCCAAAGCCUACGGGACCUCCAGGUGCCCCUCCACUACCAAAAGAACAAGGACAGCUCAUCUACCGUUAUGUUCCCUCGGUGGGCAACCCAGGUGUCCCUGAUGCAGCUUACCCUGUGUUUAUCGAGGACGGCUUGGAGACAACCCCUAGAAAGGUUGAGAAGACUUUGGUUGGCAGUGGAGCUGAGUUGAACUUGACAGCUGGAACUUGGGAUACUUUGCCGACACUGAAUCAUAUUGCGACUGGACUGUCGGAGAUUCCUGUUUAUGGGAUUGUCAAGAGCAAGAUUGAGCGUGGAACAGGCGUUGAUGAUAUUUCUCAUGCGAGAAGGGUGGAGUAG